AUGGGUGCAACUGUCUUCGUUUCUGGAGCUACUGGAUUUAUUGCUCAACAUGUUAUCAAGCAAUUGCUUGAAAAGGGGUAUAGUGUAGUUGGUUCUGUUAGAAAUGAAUCAAAAGGUGAAACUUUGAAGAAAAACUUUGCAACUGACAAAUUUAGCUACGAAAUAGUAGAAGAUUUGGAAACUGUUGGUGCCUUCGACACUGCUUUGAAGAAGCACCCAGAAGUCACCAUUUUCCUCCACACAGCUUCUCCAGUUACAUUUGACGUAGAGGACAAUGAAAAGGAUAUCAUAUUACCAGCUAUUAAUGGUACUGUGAAUGUGUUAAAGGCUAUCAAGGCUACUGCACCACAAAUUGAUAAAGUUGUUAUCACUUCUUCGGUAGCUUCUCAACUCACCUUUUCUAACCCUGUGGCUCGUGUCUCUGAAGACACUUGGAAUGACGUUACCUACGAGCAAGCCAAAGAAAGCGGAAGUGCUGCUUACGUUGGCUCUAAAACAUUCGCUGAAAAGGCAGGAAUUGAGUUCGUUGAGAAGGAAAAGCCACACUUUACAGUUUCCACAGUACACCCUGUAUUUGUAUUUGGUCCUCAAGUAUUUGAUCUGGAGGCUAAAGGGAAAUUGAACGCUUCCAAUGGUUAUAUUAGUGGAUUAUUACAAUUAAAGGAAGGAUCGGUCCCACAAUAUUCAGGUUCUUUUAUUGAUGUCAGAGAUGUAGCUGCUGCACACCUUGUUGAAAUUGAAAAGCCAUCUAAUGGCUUGAGAGUACUCGUCAAAGAUGUAGACUUCACUAGUCAGUCUUUAUUAAACAUAAUUAACAAGAAUUUCCCAGAAUUAGGACUUGUUAAGGGAGACUCUGAAGCUCAAGUCGAUAGCAAGAGAAUUGUUGACGAUGCUAAGUCAAGAGCUUACUUGGGAUUGAACUACAUUGAUAUUGAAAAAUCUGUCGUUGACACAGUAAAGCAAUAUAUUGCAGCCAACAAAUAA